GCAAAGAAUGAAGAAGAAAAUAUGUUGAGGCUUAAGACUCUGUUUUCUUCUCUUGCAAAAAUGCCAUCCCAUUCUUAUAAGUUUUCCUCUUGUUAAUAAUUCAUUCACUUUUCUUUCCCGUUAUUCAACUUGUUUCUUGGUAUCAUCCGUAGAAUCAAAGGUGAGCUGUGUUGCGAACAGGAAGUUAUUUUCACAAAGACUAUAUGAUGGACAUUCAUGUAGAGUGUACACCAAGGAAGAUGGAAGAAUGUAGGAUUUGCCAUGAUGCUGAUGAAGAUUCAAACAUGGAGAUUCCCUGUUCUUGCCGUGGAACCCUCAAGUAUGCCCAUCGCAAAUGUGUACAGAGGUGGUGCAAUGAGAAGGGGGAUACUGUCUGUGAAAUUUGCCGCCAGAAUUUUAAGCCAAACUAUACUGCACCAGCUCCUGUGUUUGGCCGAUUUCCAAUGAACAUGAGAGGAAACUGGGAGAUUUCCAUGAAUAGCCUUGAUUAUCCUCAAUUUGUUGCAUUGGCUUCUGCAGACCACAAUUUUCUUGAUUAUGACUUUGAUGAGUAUUCAGUAUUUUAUCCAACAAGUUUGAUAUGCUGCCGCAUGGUUGCCAUAACGUUUGUGCUUCUUCUGAUGUUACGUACAAUCCUGCCACUUAUCCUUAGUGUUGCUGGAGAUAAUUCGAUAACAUUGAUCAUGUUAUCAGUGUUGAAAACUGUCGGAAUCCUACUGGCGGUCUAUGCAUUGGCGAAAGUUUUUCUUGCCAUACGACAUCGCAGGCAUCAACAGGAUCUUCAUCACUCUCAGAUUACCCCAUCAGAUGAGGAAACUGAGUUGCCAUUACAACAGCAUCCGCAUUCUCAGAUUGCUCCAUUAGAUGAUGAGAAUGAACUACCACUACAGCCACCUCGGCCACAUUUUAUACAUGUCCAAUGAAUCCUUAAUUAGCUUAAAAGACUAAAAUCUCAACACCAGUGGGAAGUUUGGCAUUGCAACUGGUGGUCCUCUAUUAAUGUUCAUCAGCUCGCUGCUCCGUGAUGGAGUAUUCUUCUGCUGAGAUUCGAUCAUAAGAUGGUUGAGCAAAUUGAUUGUCGCCAUACAUAUUAGGCAAAGCAGCAAAAAGAAAUCAAAUGAUCUGGUGUAACAGUAUCUGCUAGCUUUGCUUGUAUAUCUUGUAACCCAUCUUACUUCAGAUUUACUUUUAACAUUACAAGAGAAAAUGACGUGUAGCA